ACAGCCCUAUUAAGCAAAUAUCUCUCCUCGGUUGUCUACUGGUGCAACUGACAGCAGCAGGGCAAGUCAGGCUUGUCAACACGUCACCACGGUGUCUUCCCCAGUUUAUCUCCUCUCUUCAAACGGGACAGCUGACCAACUAGAAACUAUGGGAGAGGACUCGUUGCAUGCUGAGCGCAGCAGCAAUUCGAGCAGCAACCCCACCAGCCCCCAACCACAGCAACCAGUACAAGAACAACAACCCGAAAACAUGGAGCUUCUCAUCCCGAGUUUCAGCCCGAAUUCCGCCCCGUCGUCCCCGACCAACACACUCAGUCGGCUGGGCUUCAGAACUCCGACCAGCCCAAGUGCCGUUGCGCUGGGCAGCCCGGUGGACCGCGGACAGGUGAACGCCAUCACGGUGGUGGCGCUCCUGGACAAGUUGGUCAACAUGCUGGAGGCGGUGCAGGAGAACCAGCGGAGGAUGGAGCAGCGGCAGGUAGACCUGGAGGGAGCCGUGCGCGUCGUCCAGGGGGACGUGACCCGGCUGACCAAGACGCACAGCACCACCUCCAACAGCGUCAGCAAGCUGCUGGAGCGAUCGCGCAAAGUCAGCGGCAACAUGAAGGAGGUCAAGGAGCGCAUGGACAAGCAGGCGGCGCAGGUUAAGCGGCUGGAGACCAACCACAACCACCUGCUGAAGCGGAACCAUUUCAAAGUGCUUAUCUUUCAG